AUGUCCAGCAGAAGGUACCUUCCCUCGUCUCCAUUCUCUCUGACACAUCCUAGACUCGAAAAUUUCUCAGAAGACGAACUAGAGGACACUAGACCUCUCAAAAAGCCUAUCUUCAACCCCCUCGGGACCCCUAACAAAAAUAUGGAAUCUUCCAUUGAAAAAUAACAAAAUCUCCACUAUCUCCCAAGAAAACGACUCUCCUACCAAAAACAGCCGUAUCAAAGUCUCAAUUUCCCCCAAACGCGACCAGAAUUCCCACCCAAAAACCCGGAACUACACUUCAGCGAAACAUUCUUCGCCUACAAAAUCCCCUUCGUGCCCACACAAAAAUCCUAAAAUUCCAAUUACUAUUUCUAAAGUCCACUUGGAGCUACCUCCAAUGGCUCUACAGAAGAACCAGACUUCUGGUUCUUCUGUUGUGAGUAAAUAAAACUUUCAAGUCUGUUCCUAGGCAGAGCACUUCGCGGUCUGCACAAAGGAACGGAGCUUCAGCUGUAGCACGAGUAGUUUCACAAGGCUUCAAAGAUCACCCACAGAAGGGAGGCCUCAAGGGGAACUUAGAAAUAUCUGGUCCUCCUGAUGCAAAAUCGGUACAUCCAGAGAUGUACUCAAAAUCAGGCAGGAAAAUCAUUGAUUAUGACUGGAAAUAUGGCAUGAAACAUAUUCCUGUGUGGACUACAAACCAGCUCAUGAAGGAUAAGUAUGCACAUAAGGAAGAUCUCGAUGAGAGGUUCAUGACAAAGCAGAUAGAUAUCAAUCAGUACCAUACAGAGAUACAAGAUCAAAUUAUUCAUAUAGAGCCAACUGGUCUUGAAGCGGAAUGUAUUAGAAAUACAGAGAAUAUUAUCCAACCAGAACGAGACUUUAGAGUCUCUAUUGAGUCAGAAAUUGUCAUUUCCGCUUCCAAUAAGGAUGAAGUAAAACAAAAUACUGAUCUUAAUGACAACUGUGAAGAAUUUUCGAAAAAUCAUGAGCCUGCCGUGAUACAAGAUUCUGAUCCAUCAAGAAUAAAACCAGGGGAGAUUUUUAACCAGGAAAAACACAUUAGCGAGUCACUUUUCAAUCAAAUUCAACCAGAUUGUAAAGAGAAUCUUAUUAAAGUUGAGCAUGUCCAAAGUAUUACCGACAAGAAAGGUCCGAGGGACACUAGCAGCACAAAGAGUUAUAAAGCUCCUAUCAACGCUAAGACGAAUGUUAAAGAGAUUAUUAAUAACUAUCGUUCGAUGAACACUCAAUAUAAUGGAGACUUGAAUUCAAAAUUGAAAUCUCAGCAAUUUUCCUUAGAUGAGAUGUCUAAAGAGGAGAAUCAGUUAGGAUCCUCAGGGGCUAAAAGAAGUCGACAGCCAGAACGGAAGAACUCGCCAACUAAUCAGACACAUACCACAGAGAGCAUUUUCACAAAUAUUAAAGGCCGGAUCGAAAUAGUUCCUCAAAGAAGGAGAAAACGGUACCCAAAAUCUUCAGAAAUUGGGUCUAAGAAGCGCCUUUUCAAACGUUCGUUGAAUAAGAUUACCUACAGACGUCCAUCUAAUAUAGAGCAAAGAAGGUCGUUGAAAAACGUUGAAGCUGGAGGUUUUGUCGCCCAGCCACAGUCAUACCAUAGAAGUCCUGCUCAUAAUCCUUCACCGAUGCUCACAAAGCCUUUCAUGCCAAGCAAUGGGAACAAUACAGAGAUUGUGAGCCUUUCGAAUAACUUCCUUAUUACCGAUUCAGAUUUUAUGAAAGAAAAGUAUCACCCUGAGAUUUAUAAGCAAUUAAUGACACAGACACAGGCUCUUAAUAAGAUGAACCACAUACCAAUAAGCCAAAAUAUGACCCGAGUUCAUCAUUCUUCAAUCUCGUCACAGCCCAAGAUAGAAACUCUGGGGAUCUCUAAGCCAAAAGUAUUCAUCUCUGACCAUGAGAGGCCUAUAUCUACAGAGAAAAAUCAGAAAAUUUGAAAGAUAAACCUUCCGAACGGUACCAAGAUACGGUUUGCUCAUCAUCGUAUUUAAAAACCCUCAAACAAAAAUCAGGUACAAGUUCAAAUGAUUGCUUGAGCAGAUUAUUGAGGAGAGACCCAACAUUACUCUCUUCAUGACUCCUGAUCUUAAAUAAAAUUGGUGAAUAUGAAACCCAGAUGGAGAAAAUAAGGAGGAAACAGAAGAAUCAUCAGAAGGGUCAAUCUGUUAAGGCCAUGCGGGAUAUGACCAUGGGUCCCAAGCCUAUUUUAAUCCAGAGGAAGGACAACAGGAAUGAGCGUACUAAAUCCAAAUUUUCAAGGUGAAAUUCUGAGCUCUCAGCAGAGCUUAAUCCUGCUCCGAAGUAUCCUGCUGAUAAGAAUCCUCUUUACUCCAUUGUGCUUAAUAGAUAUGGGAAAGAGAUCAAAUCCAUAGAGGAGAUUAGCUUCAGAGAGUUCUAUGUUAUCUUAGUGCAAGCCUCAACGUUCAACAUUCAAUGUAACCAAAGUACACCUUUAAAAGAGAUACAAGUCCCAGCCGAUUCAGUUUCAGAGCUCUUAGAUGUGAAGGUUUUGGAGGACCAGCGGGUUCUCUCAGAUUCUGUCUCUGGCGAGCAAGCCAUUGUGAAGACAAUCUCUAGCAACAAAGGCUCAGAAAGCAAGAUUGAGUAUAAAGCUCUCUUACCUCAAUACAAAGAAUUUUACUCUGAAAGUGAAUUUAAUAGGACAAAAGAUUCCAAUGUUGAUGUUUCACUUAAAAUUAAAGAAGUAACAGAAUCUGAAGAGCCUAAAAAGGAAGAAAAAUUACAGAAUGAAGUUAAGCAUGAAAUCUUGAAGAUCAAAGAACUUCCCUUUCAAAGUCAAACUGCACAGAGGAUUAUUGUAAAUAGAAAACGUAGAGUCAGAACUCAAAAUAAGGCCAGAGCUAAUCGUAAUACUUUGUAUACAAGAUAUAACAAAGAUCUCUCGUUCAAAUGAAGUCCAAUGAGUCCAUCUAAAAUUUCAGAAACUAGGAGACUUCUUAACUCAACCAAGAGAAGAGAUAUAGGCAAAGCAGGCCAGCAAGCUGGCCUCUCUUGUCUUCUUCCCAGCACUGUUAAAAAGAGAUCCCUGAUUCUCUGUGGAAUUCAUCCUGGGAAAGAUGCGGUCAAUUUUAAGAACAAGAUAAAAGAUUUCAGCAAAGCUUUUAAAUAA